AUAUUUUUGAUUUGUUUCAGUUUACACUAUGGCUACUCGACCAGCGGCCACUGUAACUCGUACGAAGAAACAGAACCACGCCAACAUUCCAUGCCCCAUAGAAAACUGCGCUCGCUUCACAUACGGCAAGCUUCCCGACCAUCUUACUAAAAUCCAUGGUCUUACCGGAGCGGAGAGAGACGCGCUCAACGAACAACAACGGAAACGCUUCUUCAACGGCGAACUGUGCCAGGUACGGUACCUCAAAGAAUCCGCCAUCCGAGACCUCUGGGGAACCGACUAUGAAGACCCACGUAUCCGAGCGAAAAUUCACCAAAGCUACGGUCUAGUCAAAAUUCGAAUAAUACCCCUAGCUGCAACACAACGCGCUCGUCCGCUCACCGAACAAGAUGCAAAUGUACUGACUGCUUACAAUGCCAGGACGGCACCAAGACCAGCACGAGUACAGAAAACUCGUACCCGACCUCGGCCCUACCCAGCACCUCAGGCAAGUCCAGUGGAAUGCCGGGCUUCAAGCGAGUCCAGUGAAGAGGAAAAUACUCGCAACCCUCUACCACCGUCACCCCCUCCAUCUUCGCCGUCCCUCCCACCUUCGCCAGCUCCAUACGAACUGCAGCCAGUAGAAACUCGAUUACGCGACAUAUUCGAUUCAAAAAUCGAUGCUGGAUACAAAGCUGUCAUCGAUGACAUGAAGAAAUCGAUGACUAUGGGAAGGACGCUGGGAGCGAGGAAGCGUAAAGUGUACCGAACAUACCGCCGCUAUGCAAAGAGAUUGAUCGCAUUCCUGCAUCGACAACAUUCGCCAUUAGCCUACGACGUCGACGUGCUUCUAUGCAGUGAUAGUCAAGUCUGCGCCUUUUUGGAAAGAAUCAGUGCUGAACAUAAAACAAAAACCUUAAGGAACUACAUCGUGGCUGCGAUCAAGUUGCUGGAUUCGCGACUUUUCGCCAUCGAAAGAGACCCAUCAUGCAAAGAGAAGGUGGCUUCGAUGACUCGUGUUUACGAUGUAUUGCACGGUCGUCUGACUGAAUGUGAUAGACUGUUGGCACAAAAAGACUCAGAAAGCGAAAAGAAGUCACUGCCUUCCUUUGAUAAUGUCAUGGAGGAGAGUUUCAAUGAUUCUUAUGACGAGCUUGAAUAAGAUACUGACCGAACUUAGCUUUUUGACUUCACCUUUAUUUUAUCCCUGCUUCGGAAGUAGUCUGCUAAUGAGAAUUUAGAACUAGAAUUAAUGAUAUGAUGUAAAUACGUAAACCCAUGCAAUUAGGAACAUGUAAUUAUUAUUUUUCCGUAGUUUUAUAAUGUAUCACGUUUAAUUUAUGUGAAGAAAAAACGUCUGUAAAUAUGUCCAAUCUACGUGUCUAAAGCAAUAAGCUGAAUCAUGAAUGUUAGUAGAUAAAUUUGCCCUCUUAUUAAAAAUGUAGGUAUGUGACACAAUUUACGGUAAAUGAGAUC